AUGGCUUCUUCUUCUUCUAAUCCCUUCCUGUUUGCUUUUGUUUCUGUUGUUUGCUUCUUCUUCUUCUUGAUAGAGAACAAACCCUUUGUUUCUGCAAUAACGAGGAAAGAAGCCAGUGAGCUUCUUCAACAAACUCAACAUCAUGUUCAUCUCACCUCUUUCUUCCCUUCUUCAUCUUGCACCUCUCCUCCUAAAGGUGCAAGCAGGAAGGGAUAUUUGGAAGUAGUACACAAGCACGGCCCAUGUUCAGAACCGAAGCAACAAACAUCAUCAUCUUCAUUUAUUAUACCGCACAGAGAAAUCCUGAUGCGAGACCAAGCGAGGGCUAGGUCAAUCCACUCUAAGCUUUACAAGAGACACAACUAUAAUGAAGUAGCAAAAUCCGGCGUCCUUCUCGGGACCGGGAACUACUUUGUCACGGUGGGGCUGGGAAGCCCCAAGAGAGAUCUGUCUCUGGACUUCGACACAGGCAGUGACCUAACUUGGACUCAGUGUGAGCCCUGUCUUGGUUCUUGCUAUUCCCAGAAACAACCAGUCUUUGACCCUUCUCACUCUUCUUCUUACUCCGAUGUCUCUUGCUCAUCUUCUCAGUGCUCCCACCUUCUCUCUGCCACAGCUAAGGCUUGCAUGUACGGUCUUAUCUAUGCUGACGAAUCCACCUCCAUUGGCUUCUUCGCUAAGGAAAAACUAACCAUAUCUCCGACCGAUGUCUUCGACGACUUCCUUUUUGGCUGCGGCCAGAACAACACAGGUCUCUUCGGCGGCACCGCUGGGUUGCUCGGUCUCGGUCGCGAUCCGCUCUCCUUCGUCCAACAAACCGCGCAUAAGUACCACAGAAUCUUUUCCUAUUGUCUUCCGUCGACUCCAAGUGCCAUCGGCUACCUCAACUUUGGCCCCAGUCAUAGGUACUCCUACGGCGACGUCAAAUACACUCCGUUCUCCUCCAUCUUCAAGAACUCCUCCUUCUACGGCCUUGACUUCGUCGGAAUAUCUCUCGGUGGCGUCAAUAUCCCGAUCUCUGCCUCCUCCGGCACGGUUAUUGACUCUGGUAGUGAAGUCACCUGGCUCCCUCCGGCGGCGUACAGUUCCCUGAGAGACGAGUUUCAGAGACAGAUGUGGAGGUACCCGAAGGCGGAUCCGGUUGAAGUACUGGACACGUGCUACAAUCUGCGUGGGUACGAAGUUGUUCACUUGCCGAAGGUUUCAUUGACGUUUGGAGGUGGGGUGAACGUGACGUUGGACGCAUCGGGGAUUCUGUAUGUUGUGAGCAAAGAACAGGCGUGUUUAGGGUUUGCUGCGAAUAAAGUUGAUGGCGAUGAAGGUGAUGAUGUGGUUAUUAUUGGCAAUACACAGCAGAAAACACUGGAGGUAGUGUACGAUGUUGAUGGUGAAAGGAUUGGGUUUAGAUCUCACGGCUGCAAAUGA